AUGAGCGGCUCCUUCGAUCGCAAGCUCAGCAGCAUCCUGACCGACAUCUCCAGCUCGCUCAGCUGCCAUGCGGGCUCCAAGGACUCGCCCACCCUGCCCGAGUCUUCGGUCACCGACCUGGGCUACUACAGCGCGCCGCAGCACGACUACUACUCGGGCCAGCCGUACGGGCAGGCGGUGAACCCCUACUCCUACCACCACCAGUUCAACCUCAACGGGCUCGCGGGCACCGGCGCCUACUCGCCCAAUGAGCCUUGCUCGGGUGUCUGCGGCCAGUCAGGCAAUGGUACUGGCCGCACAGCCUCAUCUCCACCACAGGCCCACGCAGGCUGGGCUCAGCACCUGGGUAAGAAGGACCGUGCGAGGGAGAGGACGGGUUCGGCCUCCCGGGAGCCCACGACCGCGGGGACCUCGAGGGCCCUGCCCGGGACGCAGACUGGGGAGACCCCGAGGGGCGGGGGGCGCAAGGAGGAGGACAGCCGAGUUGGGGGCGGAGAUGGCGAAGUGUCGGUGAAGGAGGAGCCGGAAGCCGAGGUGCGCAUGGUGAACGGGAAGCCCAAGAAGGUCCGAAAGCCGCGCACCAUCUAUUCCAGCUACCAGCUGGCCGCCCUGCAGCGCCGCUUCCAGAAGGCCCAGUACCUGGCGCUGCCAGAGCGCGCCGAGCUGGCUGCACAGCUGGGCCUCACGCAGACACAGGUGAAAAUCUGGUUCCAGAACCGCCGCUCCAAGUUCAAGAAGCUGUACAAAAAUGGGGAGGUGCCCCUGGAGCACAGUCCCAACAACAGCGACUCCAUGGCCUGCAACUCCCCGCCAUCUCCAGCCCUCUGGGACACCUCCUCCCACUCCACGCCGGCCCCUGCCCGCAGCCAGCUGCCCCCGCCGCUCCCAUACAGUGCCUCCCCCAGCUACCUGGACGACCCCACCAACUCCUGGUACCAUGCACAGAACCUGAGCGGACCCCACUUACAGCAGCAGCCACCACAGCCGGCCACCCUGCACCAUGCCUCCCCGGGACCCCCACCCAACCCUGGGGCCGUGUACUGAGCCCCACCCGGCCUGUGCCCCGACGAAGGACCCUGGACCAGGCAGAAGUGCCUAGUCCUUGCGAUACUCAGGAAUCACAGAGGAGCACAGGGG